AUGGAUUAUUCAGAAAGAGUCAACUCUAAGAAAGGUGCUGGUGGAAUAGCCAGUAAAGAAGAUACUAAUGUUUACACUAAACAAAGAAUCAAGGAUUUAUUAUCCACUCAUGUGUUAGAUUUAGACAACGAUCCAUAUGUCUUCCGUAAUCAUUUAGGUUUACUAGAGUGUAAAUUAUGUCUUACGACCCAUAUCAAUGAAUCAUCAUAUAUUUCUCAUUUAGGAGGUAAGAAACAUAUGCUUAAUUUGGAAAGAAGGCGAUUAUUAGAUGAAAAACAAAAUAAGCAACGACAAUUGCAAUUACAAGGAUCUCAAAAUAUUCUUAGUAUUAAUACCAUUGAAAAACGACAUUGGAAUAAAAUCGGAAAACCUGCUUAUAAAGUAACCAAGAUAAGAGAUCCAAAUAGUCUCCGUAUUGGAAUAUUGAUAACUGUAAAAUACCCUAAAAUUACAGUUGAAGAACCGAUGUUUAGGAUCAUGUCAUACUAUGAAUUGACUUCAAAAAAUCAAAACAACUGCCACAAUUUUAUUGAAAAGUGUAAAACUAUAGAUGAUGACGAUGACGAUGACGAUGAUGAUGAUGAAAAGGACGUAGAUUCUGAUAAUAGUUUCCAAUAUUUGGUAAUAUCAGGGGAGCCAUACGAUAAUAUUACCAUUGUAAUUCCUAAUGAUAAAGAAAUUGACAAGCCAGUUGAAGAAAACAAGAUGUCUGAUAGUUAUUGGUGGUAUUGGGAUAAUGAUACAAAGGAGUUUUUCAUACAGUUUUUGUAUAAGAAGUAG